AUGGGGAGUAAAAUUGAUGCCAAAAUAGUUUUAUUAGGUCGAGAAUACGCCGGCAAAACUUGCCUGGUUGAACGCUAUUUACAUGGUAAAGCGCCUGGUUCUACUCCUUAUCAAAAUACUAUUGGCGCUGCUUUUGGAGCUAAAAAAGUUUCAGUGGCAGGUCGUGCAAUUACCCUUGGUAUCUGGGAUACUGCUGGAUCAGAAAGAUACAAAGCCAUGAGUCGUAUUUAUUACCGUGGGGCCAAAGGUGCCGUAGUUUGUUUUGAUUUAACAGAUUCAGCUAGUUUUGGAGUUGCCCGAGAGUGGAUUGAUGAACUCAAGUCUUGUGAAGAGGCUUGUAAGGUCUAUUUAUGUGGUACCAAAAAGGACUUAAUCAGCGGUGACAAAGCACGUGCGGUAUCGCACAGUGACAUCCAAGCACUAGCUGACGACGUACGUGCAAAAGCAUUUGAAACUUCUAGCGUAACUGGUGAAAGUGUUGGUAAGUUUUACAUCGUACAAUCUUUCAUGGCGUAUAUAUGUCUUAUUCAGUGUAUGUUUACACUAAAGCUUGCGAAAUAUUAUAACGUAAUAAUUUUAAUGAUAUUAUAA